GUCUUCUCGCCUUUCCAGUGCCCGGGAUAGUCCAGGCCGAGAAGAGAGCAGUGGAGAUCUGAGUCUCGGAGAAGGGUUGUCGGAUCUCCACCAGGCUUGCUGAGACACUGCCUGCUUCACACACUUUAUCCCCGGCCUUCGCCCUGUGGCAGGCGCUCCGCGCUCAAGAUGAAUCUCAACUUCACCUCUCCUCUACACCCGGCGUCUUCUCAGAGGCCCACAUCCUUCUUCAUCGAGGACAUCCUGCUGCACAAGCCCAAGCCGCUGAGGGAGGUGGCCCCUGACCAUUUUGCCAGCUCUUUGGCUUCCCGGGUGCCUCUACUAGACUAUGGCUACCCCCUCAUGCCCACACCUACCCUCCUGGCUCCUCACGCCCAUCACCCUCUGCAUAAGGGAGACCACCACCAUCCUUAUUUCCUUACCACCUCCGGGGUGCCGGUUCCCGCGCUGUUCCCGCACCCCCAGCACGCGGAGCUGCCUGGGAAACACUGCCGCCGCCGCAAAGCUCGUACAGUUUUUUCUGACUCACAGCUCUCGGGUUUGGAGAAGAGGUUCGAGAUCCAGCGCUACCUGUCCACGCCAGAGCGGGUGGAACUGGCCACUGCCCUCAGCCUAUCGGAGACGCAGGUGAAAACGUGGUUCCAGAAUCGGCGGAUGAAGCAUAAAAAGCAGCUGAGGAAAAGUCAAGACGAGCCCAAAGCUCCAGACGGGCCUGAGAGCCCUGAGGGUAGUCCCCGUGGUCCAGAGGCUGCAGCCGCCGACGCUCGGCUGAGCCUGCCCGCCGGCCCUUUCGUGCUGACCGAGCCAGAGGACGAGGUGGACAUUGGGGACGAGGGGGAGCUCAAUUCCGGGCCGCAAGUGCUCUGAGUCGUCAAGCUGGGAAGGGGAGGCGGGAGAGGACACUGCCCCGCCAGACGCGCGUUUCUCCCGAACGGGAAGACUGGGACUCC